UGUACGAGCUCUGUCAGUGGAACCGAGGUCCCCUCGGGCUAGGGCUAACCACGGAGCAGUGGCGCGCGGCGGCUAGGGAAAGCGCGCUCGAUAUCCAACGCGAUCUUGCGGUAAGGCGGCUCCUAGAAUCCGGGAAUGCGGAGGCGGCGGCGAUAGAACAAGCCGCCUAUCGCCGCCGCGCGGAUUGGCCAGGUUUACACUGCGGCCCAGCGAUGUUCGCCGCGAUGCUCGACUCGGAGGAGGAUGGAUGGUGGGAGGCGGUGAAUCCCAGCUCGGACAGCGAAGGAGAGGGCUCUCCAGGGUUUUGCGGUACGGAUUGCUUCGACCAGCUGCCCGACUCGCUCCUCGUGUUGAUCCUCAACAAGGUGGGCGAUAUCAAGGUGCUGGGGAGGUGCUGCGCCGUUUCCAAGCGAUUCCAGGCGCUGGCCGCCCACGUCGAGGACGUGACCGUCAAGGUCGACUGCGUGAUCUCGGGCGAGGACUGCAACUUGAGCGGCAAGAGCAAAGGCUUCCUUGGCCAGCUGAUGCGAUUGGUCUUCGGGAGCUUCGUGAGGCCGCUCCAGCUCCUCCAGCACUUCCUGGGGCCGAGGAAGAGCGCCGUCCUGGCCGAGGUCUCGCACCAUUCCCCCAGCGAGGUGCUCAAAAGCUUCAAGGUGAUCCGCCACUUGAGGAUCGAGCUCCCUGGUGGCGAGCUCGGGAUCGAGGAAGGGGUGCUGCUCAAGUGGAAGGCCGAGUUUGGGAGCACGCUGGAGAGCUGCGUCAUUCUCGGGGCCGCGUCCAUGGUGGAGGCCGAUGGAAAGUGGCCAGCAGCGAAGGAGCUCGAGGAGCCCGAGGAGGGUGGCGAUGGCGGAUGCAUCCCGGACUCGUUCUACACCGACGGGGGCUUGAAGAAGCGGGUGGUGUGGACGAUCAGCUCGCUCAUCGCUGCGUCAGCGCGGCACUACUUGCUCCAGCAGAUCAUCUCGGAUCAUCUGACGCUGGAGACGCUGGUUCUCACGGACGCGGACGAUCAGGGGCUGCUGUGCAUGAGCAAGCGGCAGCUCCACGACUUCAGGGACAAGCCGGUGGCGGCGUCCGCGUCGUCGAGCAGGACGCAGGUACCGGAUCUCAACAUGAAGCUCUGGUACGCGCCGAGCUUGAGCCUCCCCAAUGGCUGCUCCAUGAAAGGCGUGACGCUGGUGGCCAUUCGGCCGAGCGAGCGGCCGACCACCAAGGAGGACGAUGGUUUCAUAGCUCGAGCUUUCGGGGAGCCGUUCAAGACCGCCGCUUGCCUGCUUGCGAGGCGCCGGACUUACUUGCUGGAGAUGAAUUCCUUCUGACGAGAAUGACUGGAUCAUCGUUCUUUCAUCCGGCUGUGGAUGAAAAGCCCCAUGGAAAGUUUCGCGUGGCCAAAGUGGCCACUGUAUCUGUAAUUAUUCUAGAGUACUUCCAUGCAAGAUGUAUUUUUAUGCAAGAUCGUCACAGAAGAUCUGUCCUUCAUUAGUUCCAAAGAUUCCAGCCAACUUUA